UUUUCCCGCCAGCCGCAGUCGAAGGGGCCGCUGCGCUCCGGCAACAAGUGUCAGUUGCGCUAGAAGUUGGCGAACGCUUUGCAAGCGUGCUUCACCAGCCGCUGCUUUUAUUUUCUUUGUUUUUUCUCGUGAGUGCGUGGCAGCCGGAGGAGGCGCGGCGAAGCGGCUGCAGCCAUGGAUCAGCUCUUCGGGAACCUGAAGGGUUUCUUCAAGACCGACUUCACGGUCAUCGACAACAAUGUGUUUCGGCUGCACUACAAGGCGACGGUGUGCAUUCUCAUCGCCUUCAGCAUCUUGGUCACGGGCAGGCAGUACAUCGGUGACCCCAUCGACUGCAUCAGCAAAGACGCGGUGCCGCCUAACCUGCUGGACACCUUUUGCUGGAUACACACCACCUUUUCGCUCACUGACGCCUGGCACAAGAAAGUGGGCGUCCAAGUGCCUUACCCCGGCGUGGACAAGUACACGCCGGGCGAGAAGCGCGUCUACCAUGCCUACUACCAGUGGGUCUGCUUCGUACUCUUCCUGCAGGCCGUGCUCUUCUACGUGCCUCGCUACUUUUGGAAGGCUGUCGAAGGCGGCCGCGUCAAGAACCUCAUCCUGGGCCUCAACAACCCGAUCCUACCCGAGGAAGCCAAAGAAAACAGUCGCAAGUUGCUUGUCGAGUACCUGACCAUCAACCUGAACAACCACAACAUAUUCUUCUACGGAUACGUGGUGGCCGAGGUGUGCAACUUCGUCAACGUCGUCGGCCAGAUGUUCCUCAUGGACAUGUUCCUCGGCGGUGAGUUCUCCAGCUACGGUUCCAAGGUGCUGCAGUUCACCGAGUGGGACUGGUCCGUGCGCUUCGACCCCAUGAUCAAGGUGUUCCCCAGGCUAACCAAGUGCACAUUCCACAUGUACGGUUCCUCGGGCGACGUGCAGAAGCACGAUGCCAUGUGCAUCCUGCCCAUCAACAUCAUCAACGAGAAGAUCUACGUGUUCCUCUGGUUCUGGUUCAUCAUCCUCGCCGUGCUCUCCGGUGUGGUGCUCAUUUACAGGGCCUUCGUCAUCUUCCUCCCGCAGAUCCGCUUCAUGGUCCUCCGACGCCGCGCCAAGCUCGCCAACAAGGACUACGUGGAGCGCGUCUGCGACCGCUGCAAGCUCGGCGACUGGCUCAUUCUCGACCUGCUCUGCAAGAACAUGGAUCCCGUCAACUUCCGAGAUCUCAUCAACGACUACGUGCGACGCCUCGACCACAAGAGCAUCGACAACGCGUAAACGCUCGACUACGGCCGCUGUCUCUCUCGUGUGCGUUCCUUUUCUCGAAUACCGACGACUGAACGACGCCGCGUCUUGCGGUUUCGGGCACGAUGAUUUGUAGCCGACCUUGACCACUGGCAAGUCCGUACCUAUUCAUUCUUUUUUUUUUUUUUUCGUGAACUCGGCAGCUCGAGCUCUCUGUCGGUAUGAACGCGCUCCUUCGAGGGAGACAAAAGACAAGAUGGCGUUUUGCCAUCUGGAGCCAGUAAUCUAGCCGAACUACUUUUGACAUGAGCUGCCUUUCACAGCGUGCCUUCAGGCAAGGCAUUUGAAGUGCCAAGAUGAUGAUGAUGGAGGGAGCAAUAUCAGAGCUGCCUAUGCUGCCACUGUUGUAUUUUUUUGUACGUGAGUUGUUACUUCGUGUAAUCACUGUCACGGUAGCUGUGAGCCUAGGAACAAAUUUACAUCACACGCAAUUAAAAACUAGAACAAGAUAGGGACAGUCUGCUGUGUUUGUAUGCUGUUCGUGCAUUUUGUCAUAAUCUUUUUUUUUUCUGUCAUUGUUCUGUCAUCAAGAAUCUCUAUGCGACGUCGUUUACGACUGCUGCUUGAAGUACAAGCAUCUUGUUUGUCUAUUUUCUUUUUUUAAGCGUAAGUGUUGCAAUCUAUACUCUCCGCGAUGAGGGAAAGCAAUAUUUUCGUUUUUUUUUUUUUCAUGUUACUCAGUGCCUUUUGGGAACAACAAGAAUCCGAAGUCUUCCAUAUGUUUAUUGUGCAUUUUCUUGCAGCUUGGUCUCUUAUUUAACGUUGCACAGAGACUUCGUUUGCAAGUAUUUCCUCCCUCCCCCCCUUUUUUUUUAUUUCUGUCCUUUAGAGUCGCCUUUUUUUCCCCCAUAACAUGAUGAUUUGUUGUUGGAGAUGGUGUCUUGUUUCUUGCAUUUCGUCAGUUUAUUUUUGUACAUGUUUACACUGGCGUGCGUUAUACAAUGCCAGAUAGUUCUGUCUCGCUCUCCGGCUGCACGGAGAACAAGAAAAGUGCCUUGCCAAACAUUUCUUAAAUACUAUUUUUGUACGGUACUGCACUUUCUAGUUGCGCGAAGCAUAACUUGUUAAGCGAGGAGGAUUAUGUACUGCCAGGGCGUCGUUCAAAUGCUUUAUUUUUGUACUGUACAUCAAGGUCUGUAAGAUAGCGAUCGGUUAAAAAAAAUUUGUGUGUGAGUGCGUGUAUACGUGGAAGUGUCACAAAAAACAAAUGUCUGGCUGAUCAUGGUGCGAUGAAUAAAUGUUAUACGACGUUUCUGA